ACGAAGUCAGCUGAACUUCUAGGAACUUUUAGGACUUAUUCCUGCCACACUCUGUUACAAACUUUUGUUCUGAAAAAUGAUAUCGGAAGUUGUUCCUAGGAGCGGAAGACGGGUUGCGUAUGCGUAGUCCCGCCCUUUCAGCUGAGAGUUUGAAGCAUGGCUGCUAUUGGAGUUCACUUCGGAUACACAUGCGCUUGUGUGGCGAUAUUUAAGGACGGACGGGCUGAUGUGGUGGCUAAUGAUGCAGGAGACAGAGUAACUCCAGCUGUGGUGGCCUACAGAGACACAGAGCAGAUUGUAGGCAUUGCAGCAAAGCAAGGACGGGUCCGCAACGCUGCCAACACAGUUAUUAAAGUGAAACAAGUGCUGGGGAGAAGCUUUGAUGAUCCAGAGACACAAACUCACAAAACAGAGACCAAGUGUCAGGUGGUGAACAGAGAAGAGAAGCCUUACUAUGAGAUUACAGCAGGAGACCACCCUGUGUAUGUUGCUCCAGAGGAUGUUGCUAAACUCAUCUUCCACAAAAUGAAAGAAACAGCUCAGUCAGCUCUGGGCUCUGAUGUAACUGAGGCAGUCAUCACAGUACCUUUUGAGUUUGCGCAUGCUCAGAAGCUCGCUCUGAGGGAGGCAGCUGAAGCUGCAGGGUUCCAUGUACUGAGGCUGAUCCAUGAGCCUGCUGCUGCUCUGUUGGCCUAUAACAUUGGACAGGACUGUUAUUCUGGAAAGAGCCACGUCCUGGUGUAUAAGCUGGGCGGGACAUCCUUGAGCGUGACAGUGCUGCAGGUCAAUGGAGGAAUGUUCCGGGUUCUCAACACCCACACUGACCACAGCAUCGGAGGAGAGAGCUUCACCCAGGCCUUGGCCCAGCAUCUGGCCACUGAGUUCAAACGCACCUUUAAGCACGAUGUAAGCAGUAAUGCCCGGGCGAUGCUGAAGCUGAUGAACGGAGCAGACAUGGCCAAACACUCUCUGUCCUCACUGGGAUCAGCCAACUGCUUUGUCGACUCCUUGCACGAUGGCAUUGACUUUGAAUGCAACGUCUCUAGAGCUCGAUUUGAGUUGCUCUGCUCCUCACUCUUCAACAAGAGCAUCCAGCCGAUCAGACGGCUGCUGGAGGAGGCAGGACUCUCCACCAGCAACAUUAACAAGGUGGUUCUUUGCGGUGGGUCUGCCAGGAUUCCUCGUCUUCAGCAGAUGAUCCGCGAUAUGUUUCCAGAUGUGGAGCUGCUCAGCUCGGCGCCGCCUGAUGAGGUCAUCGCUGUGGGAGCAGCACUGGAAGCGGGCUUACUGGUUGGCAGAGACAGCCUCGCCCCUGAGGAAGAGUCUCUCAUAGUGGAUGUUUCUGCCACUGACAUACUUGUAAAGGAGGUGGAUGAAUCUGGAGCUGAGGUGUUCACCGUACUUCUUCCAUCCGGCACGCCCCUCCCUGCCCGCAGACAUCACAUCCUGAGUGGAGGGGGGAAGCUAUCUUCCCUCUGUCUGGAGAUUUACCAGAGACUGGUCUCAGAGCAGCCAGAGAAACUAGCUAAGAUUAUUUUGCGAGACCUGCAGCCCAAAGAGGAGAACCAUGACGUUGACACCGUGGUGACCAUGAAAAGGGAUGGCUCCGUGCAUGUUUCCUGUGUAGAACAGAGCACUGGGAGGUCUGAGGUCAUCACCAUAGCAGCUUCAUCAUGAAGCCACUGAUCUGCAGUCUAAGCCACACAUCUGUACUCAAUGUUGGUGCAAUGGUUUUCUUUUCUAUUUUUCGCUCAAUAAACAUAAUCAAACCACA